AUGCCUAGUGGUCAUUGGCAGUCCCGACCCAUUCAACGAAUCGAUAUCCACCACCAUUACUUCGAGGCGACCCUCGACAAGGCGAACGCAAGUAAGAAGGUCGGAUGGUUGACUCCAGCAGAAAACCUUCCUUGGAGCCCCCAAGUCAGCCUCAAGUAUAUGGACGCGCAUGGCAUUGAUGUGGCCAUUCUAAGCUUUCCAGCCAUCUCCAGCGGCUCUAUAAGCACCGAAAAUCGCGAAAAGACGCGUCAGCGAAACCUUGCGAUGGCCGAAAUCUGUCGAACACACCCUACCAGAUUCGGCUUCUUCGCUACACUUCCCUUUUUGCGCGAUGUGGAAGGUGCUCUUGCGGAAAUUGCAUUUGCUCUGGACGAGUUGGGUGCUGAUGGGAUUUCGUUGUCUUCGUGUUAUGGAGAAGGAGACGAUGCGGUCUACAUUGGAGACGACUUGUUCGACGCGAUCUGGCGCGAAUUGAAUCACCGCAGAACCGUUGUUUUCCUCCAUGGCGCACAGACCCCGUCGUCUACUCCUUACCCACAUCCAUUUCUGGGAAUUCCAGUGACCGAGGUGCCAGGGGAAACGUUUAAAGCAGCGGCACAUCUGGUUGUCAGCGGUCGCAAACGCAAGUAUCCCAACACGAAAAUAAUUCUCGCUCAUCUCGGAGGGAGUACACCAUUUCUGGCGGCGCGAGUGGCGGCACUUUCAGCUCAUAUGGGAUGCGAACUGAGUCCUGAGCAAGUCAUACAAGACUUUCAAACUUUCUAUUUUGAAUCGGCGCUAAGUGCACAUCCGACUACGCUCAGACUGAUGCAGUCUUUCGUGGGACCAGAACGAAUCUUGUUUGGAACAGACUUUCCAGCUGUUAGUGCAGAGACCGCGGGGUGGUACACCAAGCAUUUGGAGGACUUUUAUAGAGAUAACAAACCAGACUUAGAAGCCAUCACUCUCGACAACGCUCUCCAGCUCUUUAGAAAACAUCCAGAUUAA